AUGGCUACUCGAAUGCGCCCAGAAGUGUUUGACUGUUUAUUUAACACGCUGAAGGAACAGUUGGAAAAAAAAUCUCUACGGGCUUCUAUACCAGCGGAGUGCAGAUUAUUCCUCACAUUAAUAUAUUUGGCACAUGGAAGCAUCAGACAAUACCUAUCACUAAGAUUAUGUUCAAACAGAAUGGCCGUAGUUUGGAACACAUUAAGUCCAUUUUACUUGUCGAAGCCAAAUGCAGCUGAGUGGCAAAGGAUAGCGGAAGAUUUUAAAAAUAUUUGGAAUCUACCAACCUGUGUUGCAGCCAUCGAUGGCAAACAUAUUGCAAUUACAUGUCCAGCACAUUCCAGGUCCAACUUCUAUAAUUAUAAAGGAACUUACAGUAUCGUUUUGCUAGGUGUUUGCGAUGCGAAUUAUACAUUUACAGCCGUCGACGUCGGUGCUUAUGGUAGUCAAAGCGAUGGAGGAAUUUUAACAAAUUCUGUGUUUGGUCAAAUGCUAUUUAAUCAGCAGCUGGAUUUACUGACACAAAGAGCACUGCCGAAUAUCAGUACCACCUUCCCUUAUUAUUUUAUUGGAGAUGCAGCUUUUACUUUAAAAUCACAUCUGAUGAAAUCGUUUUAA